AUGGAUGCUAAGAGACACCCCAGCUCUUUUCAACAGCUGGAGAAGCUGGGCGAGGGCACGUAUGCAACUGUGUUCAAGGGCCGAAAUCGCCAGACGGGCGAGCUAGUCGCAUUGAAGGAAAUUCACCUCGAUUCCGAGGAGGGCACACCAUCCACUGCCAUUCGAGAGAUCUCCCUCAUGAAGGAGCUCAAGCACGAGAACAUAGUCGCACUCCACGAUGUUAUCCACACCGAGAACAAGCUUAUGCUGGUCUUUGAGUACAUGGACGGUGAUCUCAAGAAGUAUAUGGAUACCCACGGCGAUAGGGGUGCCCUCAAGCCCAUGACCAUCAAGUCCUUUAUGUAUCAACUGCUAAAGGGCAUUGACUUUUGUCAUCAGAACCGUGUCCUCCAUCGAGAUCUCAAGCCUCAGAACUUGCUAAUUAGUCCCAAGGGCGUGCUGAAGCUUGGCGAUUUUGGUCUUGCUCGUGCCUUUGGAAUUCCCGUCAACACAUUCUCCAACGAGGUUGUGACCCUGUGGUACCGCGCCCCAGAUGUGCUCUUGGGCAGUAGAACCUACAACACUAGCAUCGAUAUCUGGUCAGCCGGAUGCAUCAUGGCUGAGAUGUACACUGGUCGGCCGCUGUUCCCCGGCACAACCAACGAAGAUCAGAUCAUUCGAAUUUUCCGCAUCAUGGGCACGCCCACGGAACGAACGUGGCCCGGCAUCACCCAGUUCGCCGAGUACAAGCCCAACUUUCAGAUGUAUGCAACCCAGAGUUUGCAGGCCAUUCUGCCGCAGAUUGAUCAGUUGGGCAUUGAUCUCCUUCAGAGAAUGCUAGUAUUACGUCCCGAACACCGAAUCAGCGCACAUGAUGCUCUGCAACACCCGUGGUUUAGCGAUAUUGUGCAGCAGCAAAUGAUGCAACAGCAGCAGGCAAUGCACUCACAAUCUAGAGGGUACUCAUCACAAAUCCCCAUACCAUCUCAGUCGGCUUACCAAGGUGGAUAUUAG